GCGAUCAGCUCAUGGCGUUGACUGAUCGCCUUCUGGUUAUGGCUUCCAACUGAAUCUUAUGCCAGCUGUAACUUUCUGUGAGGAAACCGCUACUGGGCGAUUAUUAUUUUUCUCACAGAUGUUUUGCCCAUUCCUGAGCUGAUCAGGCUUUGGUUGGCUAACUUGGUCCAGAAGUACCUGGUCUCAGUGUCCAGGAGUGAGCGUUCGCGUCUUGAAAGCCAUCAUACGCCAUCAUAGGCGAAGCGACUGCUUCCUAAAGGCUCUGGGCGCGUGCUUUGAGCCCCAAGGCCCCCGCGAGCUCUCCAUCGACUCGGCAAUCGCUUAGAUUUCCAGGCUCGAUCAGACAGAAAUCGCUUCUCAUGGCGUUCGCCGCGACAGCCUGCGUGCCGUCAUCCGUGACCUGGUCGACCCGAGCCGGUCAGGCUGAAGCAUCGGACAGCUCAGCCAACUCUCUCAACAGAACCGGUGCUGCAACGAGCAGCGCAGGAAACACGUCUAUCUCCUCCAUCUCUUCCGCCUCUUCCACCUCCCGUCGCAACCGCAGUGCCUGCAGCACACAAGCUGUUCGUCGAGCCGCUUUCCAUGGAAUCAGUAGCGAAACCUCUCGAUCAUUAUCCGGGACGCAACCGCUUGCAAGCAGCGUGAGCAGCGGCCAUGGGUCCUUGAGCAGCGGAUUGUCGUCUUUCUCCGGCGAGGGGCUAAACGUCGUCUGGGUGCCGUCGACGGCCGUGCGAAACCGUCGCCUGCGAUCAGCAGCGUCCCGCGUGGUGCAGGCUGCGGCAGCAGCGGAAGCGAAGGGCGCGGAGGGGGAAGCGCAGGCGGGGGAGAGCGCGGAGGGCGCGGGCGUGGGCAAGGGGAAGCAGGGGCAGCGGCGGGUGGUGGUGACGGGCAUGGGCAUCGUGUCGUGCCUGAGCAUGAACCCGCACGAGUUCUACCAGAAGCUGCUGGACGGCACCAGUGGCAUCUCCGCUAUAGAGGGCUUCGACGCCUCUGAAUUCACCACCCGCUUUGCGGGCGAGAUCAAGGACUUCAAGGACAAGGGCUACGUGCACCCCAAGAUGGCGCGGCGCAUGGACAAGUACAUGCGCUACCUGCUCACCGCGGGCAAGCGGGCGUUGAGGGACGCGCACAUGAGCAAGGAGGUGCAGGAUGGCUUCAACAAGCAGAAGUGUGGCGUGCUCAUUGGCUCCGCCAUGGGCGGCAUGCAGGUGUUCAACGACGCAGUGGAGGCGCUCAAGGUGUCGUACCGCCGCAUGAACCCGUUCUGCAUACCCUUCGUCACCACCAACAUGGGCUCCGCCAUGCUCGCCAUGGACCUGGGCUGGAUGGGCCCCAAUUACAGCAUUUCUACUGCCUGUGCCACAGCCAACUACUGCAUUCUCGCUGCUGCGCAGCACAUCCAGAGAGGCGACGCGGACGUCAUGCUCACAGGAGGGUCAGACGCGCCCGUCUUGCCCCUUGGACUGGGUGGGUUCAUCGCCUGCAAGGCACUCUCUCGCCGCAACGACGAGCCUGAAAGGGCCUCCCGCCCCUGGGACAAGGAUCGCGAUGGCUUUGUGAUGGGCGAGGGAGCAGGCGUGCUAGUGUUGGAGGAGCUUGAACAUGCCAAGGCCCGCGGCGCCACCAUAUACGCUGAGUUCCUGGGCGGCAGCGUGUCGUGCGAUGCUCAUCACAUGACCGACCCGCACCCUGAAGGCAAGGGCGUGCUCAUGUGCAUUGAGCAAGCACUGCAGUCAUCGGGAGUGCCUCGGGAGUAUGUGAACUACGUCAACGCCCACGCCACCAGCACCCUGGCCGGCGAUGUGCAAGAGUACAAGGCGCUGGUGGCUGCCUUUGGGAACAACCCCGUGCUGAAGAUGAAUGCGACCAAGUCCAUGAUCGGCCACCUGCUAGGCGCUGCAGGAGGAGUGGAGGCGAUUGCUACUGUUGGGGCCAUUCACACGGGGUACCUCCACCCCAACCUCAACCUAGAAAACCUCGAGGAAGGACUGGACGAGCGCUACUUUGUGCGUGACACUAAGGAGCGCCUGGAUGUGAAUGUGGGGCUGUCCAACUCCUUUGGCUUUGGCGGGCAUAACUCGUCAAUCCUCUUUGCGCCGUACCACCCAGAGGGAAUCCAUGCACUUGUGGCGGAGCGCAAUGCUCAACGCACAAGUUGAGUUGAGCUCAUUCGGUGCAAAUGAGGGUUAGCAGCACCAAGCGAUGGCAAGUCGCCUAAUCGGGUUCCCUCUAUCAACAGCUGCACCUGCACGUAACAUCAAUUGCCUACCUGAGAUGUUUUCCUCUACGACCUCUCCUCAAAUCCCACCCAACUCAGACUCAGUAUGUUUCCCGAGUCAUGUCAACUUCAUUGUAUUGUCCUCCUAAUAGAGGAGGUUGAGUGUAAGAUUGUUCGAAUUUACUGUAGUAUUAUUACAGCCAAUUUGAGGU